UGGCUGCAGCCAUCUCUGAAGUUCUUUCCAUCAUCCUGGGCCCUCAUCUCUGGCAUGGGCUCUGCACGGCCCAGGUAGCGGCGGGGGCCCAGCUGGGGAAGCACCUUCUCCCUGCUUCCCUUCUCAGCCAAUCACAGGCCUCACAGGGACCACUGAGACUCUUGUUGAUGGCGAAGCCGGGGGAGCGCAUGGCGGGCUUGGAGGUACUGUUCGCGUCGGCGGCGCCGGCCAUCACUUGCGCGCAGGACGCUCUCGUCUGUUUCCUGCACUGGGAGGUGGUGACGCACGGCUACUACGGCUUGGGAGUCGGCGACCAGCCGGGUCCCAAUGAUAAGAAAUCAGAACUGCUCCCAGCCGAAUGGAACAGCAAUAAAGACCUGUAUGUCCUCCGGUAUGAGUCUAAGGAUGGGUCCAGAAAGCUUCUUGUGAAGGCUGUCACCGUGGAGAACAGCGUGAUCAUCAAUGUGCUGGAAUGUGGCUCACAGCAGGUAUCAGAUUUGACACUGAACUUGGAUGAUUAUGUCGAUUCAGAACACCUGGGUGACUUCCACAGGACCUACAAGAACAGCGAGGAACUUCGGUCUCGCAUUGUGUCUGGGAUCAUCACACCUAUCCAUGAGCACUGGGACAAGGCUAGUGUGAGCAGUCCCCACCGGGAGUUUCCCCCUGCCACUGCCAGAGAGGUGGACCCCCUUCGGAUUCAGCCACAGCACCCACACACGAGCCGGCAGCCUCCCUGGUGUGAUCCCCUGGGCCCGUUUGCUGUCGGGGGAGAGGAUCUGGACCCCUUUGGGUGUCGGAGAGGUGGCAUGAUCGUGGAUCCCCUGAGAUCUGGCUUCCCGAGAGCACUCAUUGACCCAUCCUCGGGCCUCCCAAACCGUCUUCCUCCAGGCGCUGUGCCCCCAGGAGCACGCUUUGACCCCUUUGGACCCAUUGGGACCAACCCGUCUGGCCCGAGGCCUGACAGACACGGUCAGUGAUGAGCCCCCCUGUGCUGGAGUGGAGAGAGCACCAUAGAGCACCAGGCCCAGAGGCAAGAGAUCAAGGCACUAGGCACUUUCCCUCCACAGCUAGCAUUGCAUCCAUGGAUGGGCCUUUCUGCUUCUCAGAUCCUUGGGUUCUUUCUCCUAAAUGAGGACACGUUAUUUAUCUGUGGGCACAGGGUAGGCUACCAGAGCCUUCCUGAGGUGUCUGCUAAUAUGCUGUAGCCUGGAACUGCCUGAGAGGGGAUUAAGGGUACCCUCAACUGGGGCUUGGGUGGGGAGGCCAGCAUGAGCAGGUGCCCUGGCCAUAUCUGGGAGACCCCAUCUCAAGCAUUGAUUUAGUGAAGACCACCUUGAAGCCUUUAGCCUUCUUCCUUAAGGGCCUACAAAUGGGUGGAGUGUUUUUGUUUUCGAAUUGGGUCAUGCUGGCUACGGGAAGGACUUGGGGCAGUUUGGUCACAUAAGCAUCCUUCAUUGUAAAAGGAAGCAUUAAAGGAACAUCACACUAGAAACCAUCAGACGAGCAGGGAAGCAGAUCACUUUUAGAUCUGUGAUUUAAGGAAAAGAGGAUUCAGACAAUAAAUUUGGCACUUGGUUUUUCUAGUAGCACAGGUUGAAAGGAUAGUCCUAUACAUAAUUGUUUUCUGAAAACAGAAACUUCAGUGAUUCUCAUCUGCAGAAUCAGCCAUUUUUUGCGUGGGUCUCCUUGUAUCAAGGACACUGAGGAACAUCGUGUCUUAGUUCUGUGGGGGGAAGUGAAUGGGGCCUUCAGGAACUUCCACGUCAUGCUGUCAGUGUUUGUUGUAGUCUAGGCCACUUCCUCCUUCCAGCCAGGAGUAAUCACCAGGCCGAGCGGGAACAGUUCCAGGGUAUGCCUUGUGGAAAGGUGGGAUCCUUAACAAUAAAUAUCAGCACUUAAUAACCUGUUCCUUUUUUUUAAAUUAAAAAAAAAAAAAAAAACAGCUUUAUUGAGAUAUACCCACAUGUACCCAUGAGGUUUACCUUUUUCUUUUUUUUAAUCUUUAUUUUUGAGAGAGAGAGAGACAGAGCAUGAGCAGGGGAGGGGCAGGGAGUGAGGGAGACACAGAAUCCGAAGCAGGCUCCAGGCUCUGAGCUGUCAGCACAGAAACGUGGGGCUCGAACCCGCGAACCGUGAGAUCGUGACCUGAGCCGAAGUCGGCUGCUUGACCGACGGAGCCACCCGGGCGCCCCACAGUUUACCUUUUAAAAGUGUGCAAUUCAGCGGUUUUUACUAUAUUCACAGUGUUGUGCAUCCAUCACCACAUCUAACUCCUGAACAUUUUCACCACCUCAAAAAAAAAAAAAAAAAAGGAACCCUGUACCUAUUAACAGUCCCUCCCAUUGCCCCGCUCCUGACCUCAGGCAACCACUAGUCUGUUUUCUCUCUAAAGAUUUGCCUGUUCUGGACACUUCUCACAGGGACAGUCACACGGCACGUGGCCUUUUGUGUCUGCCUUCUUUUCACUGACAUCUUCAAGGUUCCUCCAUGUUGUAGCGUGUGUCACUGCUGCAUUCCUUUUUCUGGCUGAAGAAUGCCGCUGUGUGGACAGAAACCCCCAUUCUCUUUUUUUCUUUUUUUUUUUUUAAGUAUAGUUUAUUGUCAAGUUCAC